AUGAAGAGAGCAAACUCACACAAACAUGAAUCUAUUGAUUAGAUUCCAGUAUAGCAAGAUUAGAACAAUAUACCUUAGUCUUUACCAGUUUUAGCAAACUAAAAAUCAAAUAACUCUCACAAAUCAAAGGAAGAAUCCAAGAGAAAAGCAAGCAAAAGUAAAGACAGAAAAGUUUCAAGAUCAGAAAAGCAGCCGCCGAAAUCACAAAAUAAGAAGUAAGUAAGCAAAUCUAAGGAAAAGGCAAAGCCAAAUAUACCUAAAAACAUAAAGCCAAAGGAGGAGAAGAAGAAGAAUAAUAGAAAAUUGCCAGCAAAAGACGCAUAAGCUGAUUUGAAUAUUGUAAAUGGAAAUAUUAUCUAGUAAAAUGGGCACAUUGAUCAUAUCUAGUAGGAUAACAAUAUCAACAAUCAAAUAGUACAAAUGAAUAUGAUUUAGAAACAGCAUUCUUAAAUAAUAGAUGGAUAAGAUGUAUAGAUAUCAGCUAAGAAAAGGGCUCCAAAAUAAAACAGAAGUAAGAAGGGCAAGGAAGAAGAAAAGAAAGCAGCUCAAGCAGAUAUACAAGAUAUCAAUAUUAUCAAUUAAAAUAACAAAGCCAUUAAAAAGUAAAAGUCUAAUUAAAAAUAAUAGAUUGAAGCUCCUAAAUAAAAAAGAUAAAGAUAGCCAUAGAUUGAUGCUGUGCCAGCAAUCAAGAAAUCACAAUCAGUUGCUAGGGCUCCACCAAGGAAGAGACAGCGAUUAGAUGAUGAGUAAGAAGAGGAGAAAGCGGUACCUCCAUAAAUGGCUAAAGGUAGAAAAAUUAACAAAGCAAAUCAAAUUAUCUAAAAUGAAGAUGCAAAAAUGGACUAAAUUGAAUAAGACUAAAAUAGAAUUGAUCAAAAUAUAGAAGGAGGAGAAAACUAGCAACCUAAAAAGAGAGUUAAGAAGGCUGCGGCUAAGAAAGCAGCAAAGCCUAAGAAAGUGGUAGAGCCAGUACCGUUGAGAGAGGAAGUUGAAAUACCAGAUGUAAUUAAGAUAUUUCAAUCUUAAGAUUAAGAACCCCAGAUAAAUUGUUGCCAGACAUGUUCAAAUAGGAAUGGGAUCAGAUCAGUAUUAAUAAACUCAGUCGACUUAUUUAUAAAGUGCCAAAAAUCCAGGGCCCAUGUUUCAUCAUUGAUUGAACAGAUGGGACCAGAACUAAGAUACAGUGCACUUGAUAGAGCUGUAUAGUUGAAUAGACUUGACAUCCUUGAGAUUUUGCUUGAUUAAAGCAAGCCAGAAAACGAAUUUAGAAUGAAAAAGAAGUCUUCAUAAAUUGUCAAAUUCGAGACUGGAGAGGUUGGUCAAAUGGCAUUCGGAUAUAAAGUAAGAAAGGUUUAAAUGAUGAGAGGAAAUAGAUAAGGUAAUAAUGCAUUCACUGAAGAUCCGACUCACGAAUAUCAGACCCCUUUAGAUUAUUUGCUAAAUGAUUAGUACUGCAUUGAAAAGUGCUUUGGUUAAGAUGGAGUAAACAGACAAACUUUAGAAUUGAUUCAGAAGUUCUCUGGAGACAGGUUUAUUCCAUUUAUAUAAGAAAAAGCUUUGCCAUUCAUCUUAAGAAAUGGUUGUUAUAAAACUUUAGUAGCAUUAUUUGGUGUUCUUGGGUAAGCAGGAGAUAUUUAGAAUAACUUCUUCAAUGAUGUUUACUAUCAACUUCUGACAGUUGAUAAAGUUGAAAAUUUCAAGAUUACUCCUCAAUAAUAAUAACUAGCUAAGUAAAAUUAAACAGUACAUUACACUUAUAUUGCUGCUCUCAAUCCUUCAGGAGUAGCAUUAAGAUAUUUGAAUUUAACUAAGCAAGAUAUUGAGUUUGAUAAUUCCAAACCAUCUGCAGUAUUCUAUGCUGCUGUUUGCAAAAAUGAUGUUAAUUUGAAAAUUCUUAAGGAUCUUGGAGUAAAUUUUCAUGGUUAGGAUGAUAAAAAAUGCUCACCACUGAUGUGGGCUUUAAGAGCAAGAGUACCUCUUUAAGUAGUUGAAACCUUAUCUGAAGAGCUUAACUCUGCUCAAUUUCAUCAUAAAGAUGAACAAAAGUAAAUGGCAAUUCAUUUCUUUUGUAAAUAUGGAGUUGAUAUGACUCUAGGCAAGAAGGAGAGAUUUGAUAGAAUAUAAGAUUUUAUGCAAUUCUUUGUUGAAUGGAAGGCCAAAUUUAGCUAAUUUGGAGGAUGGAAUAAGUUUACUCCUCUCAUCUAUGCCUGCACAUAUGGCAAUAUUGAUAUAGCAGAGUAUCUAAUUAAGAAUAUUCCAAGGCUUAGUAUCAAUAAAGGCGAUAAAUACAAGAGAACUCCACUUGCUAUGAGUUGUAGAAAUGGGCAUGCAAACAUUGCAGCAUUACUAAUCAAGCAUAAUUGUGAUAUCAAUCUUGCUGAUACAUCUGAAAAUUCUCCACUUCAUUACGCUGCAGCAUAUGGUUGGAUAGAGUGUGUUGAAGUCUUAAUCAAAUAUGGGGCAGAUCCAAGUCCAGAUAAUGCCUGGAAAUCGACUCCAAUAACGAUUGCAUUACAAAAGAACCAUAUUGCAAUUGUCAAAGAACUUUUAAAAACAUCUGACAUUGAUGUUAACAGCAAAGAUGAUGAAGGCAGAACUUUAUUGACUCUAGCAAUGGCCAAUAUUAAUUUUGAAUCUAUUGAGUUCAUAAAUCAUUUGAUAAACUCAAAAGGUUCAGAUGUUAAUCAGCAAGAUGCUAAAGGAAGAACUCCUCUAUACAUAAUUGUUGAAUCUCUAAGUUCUAGAAAGCAAGGUUUAUUCUCUGAUCAUGAUGCAUUAGAGUAUAAAAUAGUUAAAAUGCUUAUUUCUUAAGGUGCUAGUUUGAAUUUGAAAACUAAAGAUGGAAAAUCACCAUUCUCUCUUGCUUUUGAAAAAGGAAUGAAUGAGCUUUUAGAUUUAUUUGGUAAGGAGAUUGAUCUUAAUAAGGAUCCAUUUCUCCUCUUUGCUUUCAGUGGAAUCUCGUGCAUGAAGAUAUCACUUUAAGGGCUUCUAAAAAGUUGCUUCGACAGAACUAGAAUUGAAGAUGAAACUAUUAAUUUUGUAAAUGACCAAGGAUUUACCCCACUACUCUAUUAUCUCCACUAAUUUGUAUAAAGUAGAGAUUAGAUCCUAACAACAAUUCAAGAUAUGAUCGCCAAACACGAGAAAUUUAUUGAUAAUCAAAAUAUCAUAGAAAAGAUUGAAUAAAAUUAAUAAGCAGCUAAUUUGUUCAUAAAUCCCACUUAGAAAUCCCUUGAUAUUUAUGAAAGCCAAAUCAUUUAGCCAUUCCUUAAAUUCUUGCAAGUUCUAAUUGACAAUGGGGCCAAUCCAAAUGCCUACAUUCUAAAACUUAAGUAGUAUCGAGAUGAGCCUUUACAGUAAACUUAAUUGUCAUAAAUCUCAUAAUAAGUUGCAGCAUAAGGUAGAAGACCACCAGAAAAAGAUUAAUAUACUUCUGAGUUGCUUGGGUUAUGCAGUGUUAUUCAUCUCCUAGUUGAAAACAAUGUAGUAAUUAGACCAGUAUUUGAUUUCUUCAUUAAUCUACAAGGUAUUUAACUCAAUCAAGUGAACUUCUAGAAGAUGACACCUUUCUUUAAGUUAGUCAAAACUAAGAAUAUCAAAGAUAAUUAGGAUCAUAAAUAUUGCUUCGAGUAAUUAAUUAAAACAGGAAAGGUUGAUAUUGAUGCACCAGAUCAGUUUGGCAUGUCCUCUUUCUGGUUUUUCUAUUCUAAUAAUAGAUUUGAUGAGGCAUUUUACUUGGUUUCUUAAGGGGCAAAUAUUAACCACAUCGACAAUUAUGGCUUCUUUGCAUUGAAGAAGGAACUCUUCAAUAGUAACAUAAAUAUGAUUUAAAAACUUUUGGAAAAGAAGGCAAAUCCAGAUACUACAGAUGAAUUUUAAAGAACAAUUUUACAUUUAUCUUGUGAUUUUUCACACAGAAAAGACUACAAGGAAAUUUUCAAGUUACUGAUAAAGCAUAAUGCCAAUAUUUAAGCCCUUGACUUUAAAGCUAGAACUCCAAUUCAUUAUAUGUUUGUCAAGAAAAACAGAAGAGAUGCUGUGGACUAAUUUGAUCCACUAAACCUUAACAUUGGAUUGGAUAUUUUGAUUAAUAAGGACACGAUUAAAGAUAUCGAUUUCAAUCAUUAAGAUAUCAAUGGGAAAUCAUUACUUCAUUAUAUGGCUCAAAGAGGUUCUACUGCUUCUCUGAAGCAUUUCAUUAAAUUACUUGGUGUAGAUAAGAUAAACUUUAACAUUGAAGAUAAAUAUAAAAAUACCCCAUUAUCAAUUGCAAUAAAUAGCAGGCAUUUCGAUUUUGUUGAGUAUCUAAUCUAACUUCAAUUAGUAAAUCUAAAGGGAUUUAUUUAUGAUUAACCUAAAUAACAAAGAGUAGGAAAUUUAAACGAUGAUGAAUAAAGCGAUCUGGAGUUUAUGUAAGUAGUUGAUUAAAAUGGAAUUUAAAUUUUGAAUGGGCAAAAGGCAAAACACGACAAAGAUGCUCUUAAUCUAUUCAGAUAUAUUAUCAGGAAUCAGGUACAAUAACUAGAAAAAUUAUUCAUUGAAAACCAAUAUGAUAGAAUAUAAAUGGUGGUUGAUUAUAUCUGCGAGGGCUAGAUUGCUAAACUAUUCCAAGUUAUUGAAACUCAUUUCAAGAAUGUAGCAGGUGCCAAAGGAUCUAUCUUGAUUUAAAAGAAUGAGAAAGGGUAAAACUUGAUUCAUGUUCUUGCUAAAAAUGCUCACCUUAUCAAAAAUAUCUCAGAACUCACUAAAUUUUAUCAAAUGCUUGUAAAAGAAGGAGUUGAUCCUAAGGAACUUGACAACAAAGGAAGGUCUGCUCUCCAUUUAGCAGUAAAAAGUGGAAAUAUUCAUUUGAUUUAAUUCUUGGUUGAUGUAGAAUUAUUUGAUGUCAACCAAAUAGAUAAUCAGGGUACAAAUUCAAUCAAUUAGUUAUUGAAAGGUGACAGAAUAGUUACUGCUAAUAAAUCUAUUCUGAUUUAUUUAAUAAAAAAGGGAGGAGACUCGAAUAAUAUCUACAAUGAACGAUUAUAUCAACCAUUAAUUAAGGAGGAAGAUGGAAUUUUUGAAGAAUUAAAGCAAGAUUUACUAGAGGAAACAUAUAAAACCACAUCAGUUAUUCAUGCUAUUAGACAUGAAAGCAAGAAUAGAGAUAAUAUAAGAGUGAUUCUUAAGAAAUUACUGAAACAUGCUAAUCCAAGUAUCUAGGAUUCUGAUGGAAAGGAUGCUUUCUUUUAUACAGCUAUUAGAAAUCAUUACAAUACUUUUAACUUCAUUGUCAACUAUAUCUACGAAAAGAAGUAAUCAUACGAUUCAAUAGUCAAGGAUAAUAUAGAUAAGAAUGGGAAAUCUUUUAUUCAUUUCAUUAUCAAUCCCUUAGAAUUUGGAUCAUUUGAAAAUUCAGAUAUUCUCCAAAAGGCUCUCGAAAUCGGAUUUAAACACAACAUAAGAGACAAAUAAGGAAUGACUCCAUAUUAAUAAGCAUGCCUUUAAAAGAGUGGAGUUCUUAUUCAGGUUUUCAAAGAGAAUAAUCUGGCAGAUGAAGAUCUAGCUGAUGAGAUGAUUAUUGAUACAAAUAGAAGGAAUGAUGAUGCAGAAGAAUAAAUGAACAUCGAUUUUGAAAGUGAUGCUUAGAGUUAUCUUUAGUAGAUUUAAAUGCAAAUAGACUCUACCAAAUUCGUCCCUUGUGAUCCAUCUGGUAAAUUCAAUGAUGAUUGCAUCGUUAUGUAUGAUUAAGAAACUGAAUAACACUUUGAUGUUUACAUGACCAGAGUUGAAAUCGGGAAAUUUUAACCAGGAGGAGAUUAUUUAUUCUAUAAAAUGCAGCUAGUUCUUGACUAAUCAAGGGAUUUAGCUAUACUUCUUACUAGGUGGGGAAGAAUUGGAGAAGAAGGGGCAUUCUAGAAAACACCAUUUAGUACUCAUGAAGAGGCCAUUGAUGAAUUUAAGAAAGUAUUUGAGUAAAAAUCUGGAAACAAAUGGUGCAAAGCUGAUAAUUUCCACAAGAAAUUCAGGAAAUUCUAACUUAUGAGAACUAAUUAUGUCACUAUUGAUUAGAAAAAUUAUCUUUUACCCUUUGAUUUGGAAAACUCAGCCCCUAUCAAUAAUCAGUUCAUUCACAAAAACUCUGUUGAUAUGCUAAGAGAAAUUUGUGAUGUUAAUACCUAUCUUAAAGCUCUUCAAAAUUCUGGCGUUGAUCCUAAGGCAAUGCCUUUCUCUAAUCUAGAUAGAUAAAAUCUUUAUGAUGCUCUAGAAGUACUUAAAAAGCUCUAGGGUACCUUGAAAAAGCUUGAGUAAAUGAAUCCAAGACCCUAUGCCGAGAAUGAGAAAAUGAAGCUACUCUAAACAAGAGAAAAGAUGUGGUACCUAAGUAGUAGAUUCUAUGAAUAUAUUCCUCAUGAAGAAUAUAGAAAUAAGAUGGUUCCACCGAUUUCAACUAUGGAUAUGCUAAUCUAAAAGAGUAGUAUGAUAUAAAACUUAAUUGAAAUUGAGGCAGCCAGUAAAAUGCUUCUUGGAGCUCACUUUAAGCAGGAUCAAAUAAAUCCAUUAGAGUAUUGUUUGAGAGCCUCAGGUAUUAGAUUUGAGUAUCUUGACAUUUAGAAAGAUUAAGGAGAGUAUAAACUGAUUCAUUAAUACGGCACUAAUACCUAUCUAGAGCAAAACAAAAAAUAAAUAAAGAGUAUCAUUAGGCUAACGAAGUAUGAUGAACAAAAGAAAUUUAGAUCAGAUCUUGAAAAUAGAAAGCUUUUGUUCCAUGGUAGCAGAGUUUCAAACUUUUUGGGUAUCAUGAAGCAUGGACUAAGAGUUUAACCAAUUGAAGUUUAAAGAAAUGGAAACUUACUAGGAAAAGGUAUCUAUUUCACAGACAUGAUCUCAAAGGCCAUUCAAUAUACUAAUGACUAAAAUGCACCUUAACAUGGUAGCAAAUUUAUUCUAGUUUGUGAAGUGUCUCUUGGUGAGUAGAAAUAAGUCAAAAGAUUCAAUCAAAAUUUUGUAUUUGAAGAAGGUAUUAACUCUAUAUAAGGCCAAGGAAGAUAAGCCCCAGAUGAAAAGAUACUUGUAACAUUACCAGAUGGAGCUCAAGUUCCAUUAGGUAAAGCUAUUCCAAUUCAAGGAAAUGAAAACUCAGAUUUCUAAUUCAAUGAGUAUGUUGUUCCAGAAGUAGAUCAAGUUAGAAUGAGAUAUCUGAUUUAGUUAAAAUGA